AUGUCAAUCCACGGCCUCUUCUGCUGCCACGAUGAGGCCACAGUCAGUUUGGAGGAGCAACACCAUAUCAAUGAAUGUGAAACGACUUCAUGUGGACCUCGCAAAAAGUGUUGGAACACAGUUGGUUCUUACAGAUGUCGAUGCAAGGAUGGGUACAAUACAAUCAAUCGGGGCUGUGAAGAUAUCGACGAAUGUAAUUCCUCUCCGUGUGCCCGUGAAGCAACUUGUCAGAACACAGAUGGUUCAUUCCAGUGCAUCUGCAGCACCGGUUUUCAGUCGACUGAGAAGGCUGGCUCCAAUGGAAGGAGGAGCUGUGAAGAUAUCGAUGAAUGCAAGUCCUCUCCUUGUCACGAACAUGCAACUUGUAUCAACGUAGUGGGAUCCUACCAGUGCAACUGCAACGCAGGGUUUCAGGCAUUACCUGCAACCGCCAACCUCACGGCAGGGAAAGUUUGUGAAGAUAUCAACAAUUGUAAAUACUCGCCCUGUGACAAAUAUGCAACUUGUAACAACACAGUGGGUUCCCACCAGUGUAGCUGCAUCAUAUUGUUUCUGGCAUUUUCCAACACUGCCAGCCUCACUGCAGCGAAGAUCUGUGAAUAUAUCGAUGAAUGCAAGUCCUCACCUUGUCACGAACAUGCAACUUGUAUCAACGUAAUGGGAUCCUACCAGUGCAUCUGCAACGCAGGGUUUCAGGCAUUACCUGCAACCGCCAACCUCAUGGCAGGGAAAGUUUGUGAAGAUAUCGACAAUUGUGAAUACUCGCCCUGUGACAAAUAUGCAACUUGUAACAAAACAAUGGGUUCCCACCAGUGUAACUGCAUCAUAGGAUUUCUGGCAUUUUCUGUGACUGCCAGCCUCACCAGAGGGAAGAUCUGUGACUCCAAGCAGCAGAGAACCACUUUAACACUUGAAAAGAAGUUGGAAAUUCUAAACAGGGCGCCGUCAGAUGUGGAUGAAUGCCAGGAUGAAAAUGCGUGCGGAGUGAACACGACCUGUCGCAACUCCUUUGGGUCUUUUUACUGCAUCUGCAAAGCUGGAUAUCACCAGAAGCAGGGAGACACUCAGCUGGCCUGUACAGUGGAUCCACUUUCCUGUCCUGUCUCUGAGAUGCAGAACUCUACGCUGUUGCAGUGCAACUUCGAUUAUUCAGCAAACGCCCACCAGUUAAACUCUGCAGAUAUGCUUAAGUUAAUUGAUUGCUACCGUGUUAAAGUCUGUCAGAAUUUCAGUGGGACAAACGAUACCAAGGAAAUAACAGCAUUUGUAAACGAUGUUCUUAAUAGUUCGCGGCUGGAUAGCAUGCAGACCACUCAAAGGCUGGAGGUGGCAACGGCCACAGUGGACCUCUUGGAGAACAUGGCAAUGGCGAUUGCUCUGAAACUACCCAGUUCAAAGGCAGAGACCAUAGAAACAAACUCUUUUGUUUUUAUGGUCAAGGUGCCUGAAAGGAACAAUGCGAGUGGAGACCAACUGGUAAAAUUGGAAACUCAGAAUAUUUCUUUUGAGAUGAACUGGAGAACCAUUGCUGGAGAAAAUAACGCUGACUUGGAAUCCCUGCUGAACCAAGAGAUUAAAGGCACCCGUCCAUCUCAGAACAAUGUGUCAUUAAACUCCAAGGUGAUAGCCGCCACCAUCAGCAACAAGGAUAUCAGCUCUAAUCGGAAGGAAAAGUUCAAUUUGACACUGAAGCUGAACCAGGAAUUACGAGAAAAGAAAUUACAGGAAAAGGAAGAUGGUGAAGAGCCAAUAUGUGUCUAUUGGAGUAAUACCAAACAGAGAAGUGUCUGGUUAUCUGAUGGUUGUGAACGGAUCCAUUCCAAUCAGACCCAUGUAAUCUGCCAGUGUAACCAUCUGACAAGCUUUGCUAUUUUAAUGGCUCCAGUUCAGACUGAGAUUGACGACAGGCACUUGGAGGUGAUCACCUACAUCGGCCUCAUCAUCUCCCUGCUCUGCCUCGCUGCCUCCAUCGCCAUAUUUGUCAACUGCAAAUCCAUCCAGAAUGCGAACACCAAUCUCCACAAGCACCUGAGUAUCACCCUCUUCCUGGCACAGUUCAUCUUUCUGAUCGGAAUGUGGAUUAAACAGCCGGUUGUGUGCGCCCUGGUUGCCGGGUGUCUGCAUUACCUCUUCCUUGCCGUCUUCGUCUGGAUGUUCCUGGACAGUUUGCAGCUUUUCGUCACAUCCAGACACCUGACAGUCACCAAUUACACUCGCAGACAUAUCAUCAAACCAAGAUACCUGUACGUUUCUGCUUAUGCUGUUCCUGCUGUGAUCGUCAUUAUCUCAGUGGCAGUAAACCCUGGAGGCUAUGGAACAGAGACCGCCUGUUGGUUGAAGCACGAGUCGGGGUUUAACUGGAGUUUCCAGGGCCCGGUCUGUUUUGUGAUUCUGGUCAAUACAGUCCUUUUAUUUUCGACUGUCUACUUACUGAGACGCCAUUUCAACUCGCGCAACAAGGAGGUGUCGAAGCUUAAGGAAACCAAGUCCCUAACCAUUAAGGCUGCAGCACGGAUGUUUGUUUUGGGAACCACAUGGAUCUUUGGAAUAUUUCAAGUUCAUAAGAGCACUGCAGUGUUCUCCCACUUAUUCACGGUCAUCAACAGUCUCCAGGGUCUGUUUGUUUUCCUCAUUUACUGCGUUUCCAAUCACCGGGUGGUUGCUGAAUUACGGAAAUGGUUGACCAGUAAACGGAAGAGCUUCAUCAUCAUGUCCACGGAGGUGGAGAUGAGCGUUACUGAGUCCCCCUCCAUCAUCUCUGCUCUGGGUGGAGUGGGAAACGGUGGAGACCACAAAGUGAAAAUCUACCUCCUUUGGGACCUGGAUCUUGUUAUCUUGUGCUUCAGUGUUUUCGGAGACAUUCUGUCCCAAGAUCAGAAGUGCAAAUUGGAUCAUUCUGAUCGAACAAAAAUUUGUACAGCUAUCAAUGGGUGUAACAAGUUUCGAAAUAGACUUUGUAAAGCGAAUGUCAACACAGCUGGUUCUUACAAGUGUCAGUGUAAGCAAGGAUACAGCAACUCCAGUCUGAGGUGUGAAGAUAUCGAUGAAUGCAAGUCCUCACCUUGUCACAAACAUGCGACUUGCAUCAACGUAGUGGGAUCCUACCAGUGCAACUGCAACGCAGGGUUUCAGGCAUUACCUGCGACCGCCAACCUCACGGCAGGGAAAGUUUGUGAAGAUAUCGAUGAGUGUGAAUCGUCUCCGUGUCAUCUUCAUGCAGCUUGUUACAAUGCAAUGGGCUCCUACCAGUGCAACUGUGUUACAGGGUUUCAUGCAUCUACUGCGACCGCCAGCCUCACUGCAGGGAAGGUUUGUGAAGAUAUCGAUGAGUGUGAAUCGUCUCCGUGUCAUCUUCAUGCAUCUUGUUACAACACAAUGGGCUCCUACCAGUGCAACUGCGUUACAGGGUUUAAUGCAUCUACUGCGACCGCCAGCCUCACUGCAGGGAAGGUUUGUGAAGAUAUCGAUGAAUGCAAGUCCUCACCUUGUCACGAACAUGCAACUUGUAUCAACGUAGUGGGAUCCUACCAGUGCAACUGCAAUGCAGGGUUUCAGGCAUUACCUGCGACCGCCAACCUCACGGUGGGCAAAGUUUGUGAAGAUAUUGAUGAGUGUGAAUCCUCGCCCUGUGACAAAUAUGCAACUUGUAACAACACAGUGGGUUCGUACCAGUGCCACUGCAUUGCAGGGUUUCAGGCAACUCCUGCGACUGUCAACCUUGCAUCAGGAAAGGUUUGUGCAGAAGGUCCGCUGUACGCCGCAGGGAACCAGACCCCACAGUACAGUGUGCACCUCUUCCAAGCCCCGCCCAGCAAGGUGGCCGACAAGGUUAAAGUCAACAACAUGAACUGGUCGGAAUCCACUCAAGAUAUCGAUGAAUGCAAGUCCUCACCUUGUCACGAACAUGCAACUUGUAUCAACGUAGUGGGAUCCUACCAGUGCAACUGCAAUGCAGGGUUUCAGGCAUUACCUGCGACCGCCAACCUCACGGCGGGCAAAGUUUGUGAAGAUAUUAACGAGUGUGAAUCCUCUCCAUGUCACCAUCAUGCAACUUGCAACAACACACUGGGUUCCUACCAGUGCAACUGCAUUGCAGGGUUUCAGGGAUCUACUACGACUCUCAACCUCACUGCAGGGAAGGUUUGUGAAGAUAUCGAUGAAUGCAAGUCCUCUCCUUGUCACGAACAUGCAACUUGUAUCAACGUAAUGGGAUCCUACCAGUGCAACUGCAACACAGGGUUUCAGGCAUUACCUGUGACCGCUAACCUCAUGGCAGGGAAAGUUUGUGAAGAUAUUGAUGAGUGUGAAUCCUCUCCGUGUCACUAUCGUGCAACUUGCAACAACACACUGGGUUCCUAUCAGUGCAACUGUGUUGCAGGGUUUCAGGGAUCUACUACAACUCUCAACCUCAAUGCAGGGAAGGUUUGUGAAGAUAUUGACGAGUGUGAAUCCUCGCCCUGUGACCAACAUGCAACUUGCAACAACACAGUGGGUUCGUACCAGUGCCACUGCAUUGCAGGGUUUCAGGCAACUCCUGCGACUGUCAACCUUGCAUCAGGAAAAGUUUGUGCAGAUAUCGAUGAGUGUGAAUCCUCUCCGUGUCAUCAUCAUGCAUCUUGUCAGAACUUACUGGGUUCCUACCAGUGCAACUGUGUUGCAGGGUUUAAGGCAUCUAAUGCAACCGCCAGCCUCACUGCAGGGAAGGUUUGUGAAGAUAUUGACGAGUGUGAAUCCUCGCCCUGUGACCAACAUGCAACUUGUAACAACACAGUGGGUUCGUACCAGUGCCACUGCAUUGCAGGGUUUCAGGCAACUCCUGUGACUGUCAACCUUGCAUCAGGAAAGGUUUGUGAAGAUAUCGAUGAGUGUGAAUCCUCUCCAUGUCACCAUCAUGCAUCUUGUCACAACACAAUGGGUUCCUACCAGUGCAACUGUGUUGCAGGGUUUAAGGCAUCUAAUGCGACCGCCAGCCUCACUGCAGGGAAGGUUUGUGAAGAUAUCGAUGAAUGCAAGUCCUCACCUUGUCACGAACAUGCAACUUGUAUCAACGUAAUGGGAUCCUACCAGUGCAACUGCAACACAGGGUUUCAGGCAUUACCUGCGACCGCCAACCUCAUGACAAAGAAAGUUUGUGAAGAUGUGGAUGAAUGCCAGGAUAAAAAUGCGUGUGGAGUGAACAUGACCUGUCGUAACUCUGCUGGGUCUUUUUACUGCGUCUGCAAAGCUGGAUAUCAGCAGAAGCAGGGAGACACUCAGCUGGCCUGUACAGUGGAUCCACUUUCCUGUCCUGUCUCUGAGAAGCAGAACUCUAUGCCGUCGCAGUGCAACUUGGAUUAUUCAGCAAACGCCCAGCAGUUAAACUCUGCAGAUAUGCUGAAGUUAGCUGAUUGCUACCAUGAUAAAGUCUGUCAGAAUUUCAGUGGGACAAACGAUACCAAGGAUAUGACAGCAUUUGUAAACAAAGUUCUUAAUAGUUCGCGGCUGGAUAGCAUGCAGACCACUCAAAGGCUGGAGGUGGCAACGGCCACAGUGGACCUCUUGGAGAACAUGGCAAUGGCGAUUGCUCUGAAACUACCCGGUUCAAAGGCAGAGACCAUAGAAACAAACUCUUUUGUUCUUAAGGUCAAGGUGCCUGAAAGGAACAAUGUGAGUGGAGACCAACUGGUGAAAUUGGAAACUCAGAAUAAUUCCUUUGAGAUGAACUGGAAAAGCACUGCUGGAGAAAAUAACACUGAGUUUCAGGCCUUUUCCUUAAUUGUAUUCAAAGACUUGGAAUCCCUGCUGAACCAAGAGGUUAAAGGCGGCCGUCCAUCUCAGAACAAUGUGUCAUUAAACUCCAAGGUGAUAGCCGCCACCAUCAGCAACAAGGCCAUCAGCUCUAAUCGGAAGGAAAAGUUCAAUUUGACUCUGAAACUCAACCAGAUUGACGACAGGCACUUGGAGGUGAUCACCUACAUCGGCCUCAUCAUCUCCCUGCUCUGCCUCGCUGCCUCCAUCGCCAUAUUUGUCAACUGCAAAUCCAUCCAGAAUGCUAACACCAAUCUCCACAAGCACCUGAGUAUCACCCUCUUCCUGGCACAGUUCAUCUUUCUGAUCGGAAUACGGAUUAAACAGCCGGUUGUGUGCGCCCUGAUUGCCGGGUGUCUCCAUUACCUCUUCCUUGCCGUCUUCGUCUGGAUGUUCUUGGACAGCUUGCAGCUUUUCAUCAUGUCCAGACACCUGACAGUCACCAAUUACACUCGCACACAUAACAUCAAACAAAGACAACUGUACGUUUCUGCUUAUGCUGUUCCUGCUGUGAUCGUCAUUAUCUCAGCGGCAGUAAACCCUGGAGGCUAUGGAACAGAGACCGACUGUUGGUUGAAGCACGAGUUGGGGUUUAACUGGAGUUUCCAGGGUCCGGUCUGUUUUGUGAUUCUGGUUAAUACAGUCCUUUUAUUUUCGACUGUCUACUUACUGAGACGCCAUUUCAACUCGCGCAACAAGGAGGUGUCAAAGCUUAAGGAAACCAAAACCCUAACCAUAAAAGCUGCAGUACGGAUGUUUGUUUUGGGAACCACGUGGAUCUUUGGAAUAUUUCACUUUGAUCAGAGCACUGCAGUGUUCUCCCACUUAUUCACGGUCAUCAACAGUUUCCAGGGACUGUUCGUUUUUCUCAUUUACUGCGUUUCCAAUCGCCGGGUGGUUGCUGAAUUACAGAAAUGGUUGACCAGUAAACGGAAGAGCAUCACCAUCAUGUCCACAGAGAUGGAGAUGAGCAUUACUGAGACUUAUAAAGUAAUACAAUCAGACUCAUUCAUGACCCAAUGACAAGAUUCUUCUUAGUGGAGUUUCUCUCUUUUAUUCUCUUUGGCUCUUGCUGUGCGUCUGGCUCUGAAGAUUGUGGAUUCAAGACCCACUGCCAAGAAUAGAAAGCUACUUUGCGGGAGUGGUUUCACCAGCAGAAUUAUUUGGCUUGUACUGAGCUUGUAAAAAGGUAUAAUCUAACUGGAAUUCUAGAAGUGUGAGCAUAUGAAAAUGAGUUUGUAUAAGAAUAUGUGUGAUAUUUGCUGUUAUGAUGAGUGUGAUAAUAAAUAAAUUUCAGGAUUUUUGCUACAUUUCUAAGUUUUACACAGAUAUCCUGUUAUUUUGAUUGUUGUUGCUUAUGAGAGUUAUGACUUUGAUGCCAACAUUGUUGAGAGUUAACCUGAAGUCACAGUGUGAUACCAGAUUUGAACUUAACCUUGUCCUAACAUAUUGCAUAUGUAGAGGUUCGACAUAAAGAUCAGAUACACAAUGUACACCAGACUCUAACGGAUACAAAACCCAUGUAGUAGAUUGGCACAGAACUUGGAUAUGUGCACAAUUCAUGUUCGCACAUAGGCACUCACUACACAGACCUAAAGCACGUGUGGAGCAGAAACAUACACAGAUGCACAUGUGCACAAACACUCACAUAAAAGACAACCAUGCACACACAGACCUGAAGCACAUAUGCAGCAGAGAAACACAGGUGCGUGCUUGCACGGAUGCACACUGACACACACACACACACCAAUUUGAGUUCCCAUUUUAUCCUGUGAUUGGCUAACUCAGCACCAGAGAAGCAUCACGUCUCUCCUCUUCUGCCUUUAUAAAUGGCAACUCAGUGCCAGUGUUGUGUGCUACAUCCCUUUUCAAACCAUCUAUACAAGAAAUAAAUAUGAUAUUUUAGUGGGAAUAAAGCUCUUUAUUUAUGAAUUUGUUCAUGCUUGAA